AUGAUAAGAUACUGCUCAAGAUUACUAUAUAGUGGUUGUUCAUCAUUCUCCACAACUGCUGCCGUUGCCGCUUCCACUACCACAACGGCAACGGCUACGGAAACGGCAACAGACACGAAAACAAAAGAUACCAAGAACAUGGUCGGCAUAUCAAAAGAAGAACUUAAUAGACAGUUGACAGAGAAUCAUCAGUUCCAACCAUAUAGAGUUAAUCAAGUAUGGAGUUGGCUGUAUAAUAAGGGUCAGCGCACAUUUGACAACUUCUCAAAUCUCAGCAAUGUACAGCGCGACACUUUGAACAAGCAUUAUCACAUCGAUUAUGGCACGGUUGAGAAGGAUCAAUUGUCAGUGGACGGCACACGCAAGAUGCUUAUCGGAUACGCUGGACAAGAGGUCGAGUCCGUGUUCAUACCCGAAGCUCGUCGCGGUACACUAUGCGUGUCGUCACAGGUCGGUUGCACAUUUGGCUGCACAUUCUGCUUCACUGGCACACAGAAGUUGGUGCGCAACCUGACAGCUGGCGAGAUAGUCGGCCAGGUCAUGAUGGCCCGCUCACUCAUGAACGACUUUGGCCACACGACAGAGAAGCGACUAUUGUCAAACGUUGUGUUUAUGGGUCAGGGUGAGCCGCUCUACAACUACCGCAACGUGUCGGCGGCGCUACGUAUCCUGACCGACCCGUCCGGACUGUCGCUGUCAAAGAGUCGCAUCACCGUGUCGACGUCGGGUGUCGUGCCUCUGAUCAGCCGGCUGGGCCAGGACUUCCCCGGCAUCGGUCUGGCCAUCUCUUUGCACGCAUCCAACAACAAGACACGCUCAGAGAUCGUGCCCAUCAACCAGCAGUGGCCCAUCGAGGAGCUGAUGCAGGCGUGUCGCGACUUCUCCACACUCAACACCAACAAGAUCACCAUCGAGUACGUGAUGCUGCGAGGCGUCAACGACUCUGAUGAAGACGCCAUCCAGCUUGCGAAGCUGAUAAGCACGUUCCCGUCACUUGUAAAUCUGAUACCGUUCAAUAGCUGGCCAGGCGCACCCUAUCAAUGCAGCACGACCGAACAGAUCAAGAGGUUUGCGGCUGUACUCGAUCGCGCCGGACUCAAAGUUACAGUUCGCCAACCACGUGGUCGUGACAUCCUAGCGGCAUGUGGACAACUCAAGACUGAGUCUGUCAAAAUCAAGAAGACUCUCCCUGGUCCACCAAGUCCUCUAGACUAG